CUCGCGCAGGUGCUGUUGGCGGCCGCCGUGUGCACGAAAGCGGGCAAGGCCAUCGUGUCGCGGCAGUUCGUGGAGAUGAGCCGGACGCGCAUCGAGGGGCUGCUGGCCGCCUUCCCCAAGCUGAUGAACACGGGCAAGCAGCACACCUUCGUGGAGACCGAGAGCGUCCGCUACGUCUACCAGCCCCUGGAGAAGCUCUACAUGGCGCUCAUCACCACCAAGAACAGCAACAUCCUCGAGGACCUCGAGACGCUCCGCCUCUUCUCCAGAGUGAUCCCGGAAUACUGCAGAGCAUUGGAGGAGAAUGAGAUUGCUGAUCACUGCUUUGAUCUAAUCUUUGCCUUUGAUGAGAUUGUUGCCCUUGGGUACCGGGAGAAUGUCAACCUGGCCCAGAUCCGCACCUUCACAGAGAUGGACUCACAUGAGGAGAAAGUCUUCAGAGCUGUCCGUGAGACACAAGAACGUGAGGCAAAGGCUGAAAUGCGUCGAAAAGCCAAGGAGCUGCAACAGGCACGUAGGGAUGCUGAACGACGGGGCACAAAAACAUCUGGUUUUGGUGGCUUUGGAAGUUCAGCUGUGUCAGGAGGCACCCCAGCUGCCAUGAUCACAGACACCAUCAUUGAGACAGAGAAACCAAAAGUGACUCCUGCACUGACCAGGGCGUCUGGAUCCAACAAGGCACUCAAGCUGGGCGCCAAAGGGAAGGACGUCGAUAACUUUGUGGAUAAGUUAAAAUCAGAAGGAGAAAACAUCAUAACCUCUUCAGUAGGCAAGCGAUCCUCCGAAGCAGCCACAGUGUUUGCUCCACCUGUGAAUAUGGAGAGCGUGCACAUGAAGAUUGAGGAGAAGAUCUCUCUGACCUGUGGCCGUGAUGGGGGACUCCAGAACAUGGAGCUGCAUGGCAUGAUUAUGUUGCGGAUCCAGGAUGAAAAGUUUGCCCGGAUUCGAAUCCAUGUGGAGAAUGAGGACAAGAAGGGUGUGCAGCUGCAGACUCACCCCAAUGUUGACAAGAAGCUUUUCACUACAGAGUCCUUGAUUGGCUUGAAGAACCCUGAAAAGUCUUUCCCCAUAAAUAGUGAUGUGGGGGUGUUGAAAUGGCGGCUGCAGACCACAGAAGAGUCUCUUAUUCCAUUGACAAUUAACUGCUGGCCAUCUGAGAGCGGCAGCAGCUGUGAUGUCAACAUUGAAUAUGAGCUGCAGGAAGACAGCUUGGAGCUGAAUGACGUGGUGAUCACAAUUCCCUUGCCGUCUGGCGUGGGCACGCCGGUGAUCGGGGAGAUUGAUGGCGAGUAUCGUCACGAUAGCCGAAGGAACACCCUCGAGUGGUGCCUGCCUGUGAUUGAUGCCAAAAACAAGAGCGGCAGCCUGGAGUUCAGCAUCGCUGGACAGCCCAGUGACUUCUUCCCUGUGCACGUCUCCUUCGUUUCCAAGAAGAACUUCUGCAACAUCCAGGUUACCAAAGUGACCCAGGUAGAUGGGAACAGCCCUGUGAGGUUCUCCACAGAGACCACCUUCCUUGUGGACAAGUAUGAGAUCCUGUAGCCCUCUCUGCAGAAAAGCAGCAUGGAAGACUUUGAGGCUGGGGGUGCUGGGAGUGGGCCACCACUCUGUCCAUGCCAGAGGACUCUUGACAUGUUAGUUGGCUCGCUUACGUUUUCAAAGUCACAGCCAGGCAGGGAGAGGCUGCUUGCUUCUCUGGCGCAGCCGGCCAGGCAGACCUCCUUCACCCUGGGGCAGGGCUCUUUCCCUCUCCCCCAUCCACUCCUUGGCGUCUCUUGUAUUGCUGACCACUUCUGCUGCUCUGGGGAAAGAGAGGAAGUGGCUCUCCCACUGUCAGGGGAAUCACCCGUGGACCUGGGACAUCACUGGGCGCUGCCACUUUCUUGCCUUAGGCAGUUGAGCCCUUGCCAGGGAAUCGGGCAGCAGCCCAGGCAGCUCUGUUCCAGGCUUUGGCUUGAGGACUCUUCCAUGGCUGUGGGGAAGCUGCCUCCUGUCCAGAGGAACAAGACAUAAUUGGGGGGGAGCGAGGGCUGCAGCUUCUGCAGAGGCCCUGCUUGCAUGCUGAAGGAGCCACCAGCCUCUCCCCCCCCCACCCCUGUGGCCACGAUGCAGCAGAGGAGGCCCUUUCCUGAGUCUCCUGGGGGGAGGGGGGUCCUGUCCUGUAGGUUGUAGCUGUGAAUCGAUCCCCUUGGUCCGCCUGCGUUCCCACAUGGUCAGUCUGGUUUUUAGAGGGGAGGAAGUUCCACCGCCCAGGGAGGCUUCGGUUCUGUGGGGGUGGUAUUCAAAGGAGGCUCUGUAACCCUGUAAAGCAAUGACUUAGGAAAUAAUACAUUCCGAUGUACACAAAGACUCCCAACCCCUUGAUCAAAUAAAGAGUAUUCUAAAA